AUGCGCUUUGGUAAAACUCUUAAGAAUUCAAUUUAUCCCCCAUGGAGUGGGAAGUAUAUCGAUUACCACAAGCUCAAGGUCCUCUUGAGGGAACAUGAUGUCACCGGAGAUGGCAGUGACUCGGACACUCAAUGGACGGAACAGGAUGAGGAAGCUUUUGUCCAAGAACUGAUCAACGUUCAAGUGGACAAAGUCAACGCUUUCCAAGUGGAAACCUCUCAACAGUUGAGGGAACGUACUUCUGCUUGUGAAACUAAGCUGCGGCCACUGGCACCCUCUGACGAAAACGAGGCACCUACUGUAGUCGACGAAAAUGAGAGAAUGACUAUCGCUUCCGAAGUCCUUCAUGAACUAGAUGGUAUCACCAAAGAAGUGAGCGAGCUCGAGAAGUACAGCCGUAUCAACUUCACUGGUUUCCUCAAAGCUGCAAAGAAGCAUGAUAGAAAACGAGGAGCACGGUAUCGUGUCAAGCCUCUGCUUCAAGUCCGGCUAUCGCAGUUGCCAUUUAACUCGGAGGACUAUUCGCCCCUAGUCCGCAGGUUGUCAGUGAUGUAUUCCUUUGUUCGUGAAAUAUCGAGUCAGGGUGUUGCUGAGCCCAGGGAUGUGGAGGCGCCUCGGUUCGGCCAAGACUCAUAUUCGUCAUUCAAGUUCUGGGUACAUUCCGAUAACAUUUUAGAAGUCAAAACUUACAUCCUUCGACGGCUGCCGGUCCUCAUUUAUAACCCUGGCACUUCUAAGGAAUUGGAGACACUUCCAGACGACCCUACAAUCACCUCCCUAUACUUUGACACCCCCCAAUUCGAUCUAUACACUCAAAAGGUCGCACGUGCACCAGAGGCUAGCUCUUUGAGGAUUAGAUGGACUGGAAAUCUGAAAGAUAAGCCUGCCAUUUACCUGGAAAAGAAGGUCGUGACCGAUGACGAUCGCAGUAAAGAGGUGAAGGUGCAGCUGAAGCAGAAGCACGUGAAAGAAUUUCUCGACGGCGAAUAUCGAUUUGAUAAGAAGCUCCACCGGAUGGCCGACAUGGGAAAUGGAGAGUCAGAGCAGGCAGAAUCUCUCAAGAGAGACGUGGAUGAGCUGCAAUCGUUCAUAAAGGAGCACCAGGUGCAACCCAUGCUGCGAGCCAACUAUACUCGCACGGCUUUCCAAAUUCCUGGCGAUGAUCGGAUCCGCAUCUCGCUCGACACGAAUUUAGCACUAAUUCGGGAAGACUCUUUGGAUGAAGAGCGACCCUGUCGUGACCCGAAUGAAUGGCACCGUACUGAUAUCGACAAUAUCGGUAUGGGAUAUCCCUUCAGUACCGUACGAACAGGUGAAAUCGCGCGCUUCCCAUAUGGUUUGCUGGAGAUUAAGUUGAGGGGGGAGUCUGCACAUAAAGCUGAAUGGGUCAAUGACCUGAUGGUUUCACACCUUGUGAAGGAGGCCCCGCGGUUUUCUAAAUUUGUCCACGGCGUCGCACAGCUUUUUGAAGACUAUGUCAACAGCUUUCCUUUCUGGCUUAGUGAGAUGGAAAAUGACAUCCGCCGGGACCCUGAAACCGCGUUCCAGCAAGAGCGAGAAAGAAUUGCAAAACGGGCGGAAGAUGACAUGGCAGUUGGAAGCUUCCUUGGAAACAGGGCGAGCCCGUCUGUAAAGCCCUUGGUGGGAUCCCCCAUCUCUAGGUUACCGGACGUCGAAAGUUCCUCACGCUCGAGGCCCUCUCCACAGGUAGCACCGUCCUCCAGGCCAUCUGCCUCAGAGGGCGUCUCUUAUGAAAUACCUGAAUCACCGGAGCAAGAGGACCGACCUGUGACCCUGUCCCGCCUGGCUGCCUUGUUCCCAACGUUUUCUUUUUCACGUGCAAAUCGCGUGCAGCAGGCUUCGGUUGCUUUGCCGCCGGGUGUACGGGAGCCGGGUACAUGGAUCAAGGAUUCUGGACCCGUCAAGGUUGAAAGCAAAGUGUGGCUUGCCAACCAGCGGACCUUCAUAAAAUGGCUUCACGUCAGCAUCCUUCUUUCAUCGCUCUCCCUGGGUCUUUAUAACGCUGCAGGCAAAACCAAUGACAUAGCUCGCGCCCUCGCUAUCGUCUAUACUUGCUUUGCGAUCUUUUCCGCUGCCUGGGGGUGGUACAUGUAUGAGAAGCGCGCUCGACUUAUCCGCCAACGAAGCGGGCGAGAUCUAGACAAUACUUUUGGGCCGAUAGUUGUGUGUAUCGGAUUGGCCGUAGCCCUUGUAUUGAACUUUGCUUUCAAGUAUUCUUCCACCCUAGAGAAGCUCAGACAGGAGCAGCCUUCUCACACCGAUAUGCCUUCUUUAGUCAAUCAAGGUGGACAUGCACUCUGA